AUGUAUAUAUGCAAUAAGAAUAAGAAAAUCAAAUUCACAAAAGAAAUUAAAGUUGUUAAGAAUCUGUUUCUGAUUAUUGUAGGAUAAUGUAUGUUACAAGGGGUCUGUCAUUGUACAGGAAAGACCCAAGUUCCUUAUCAAUUAGGCCACCAGAUUAUGCGCCGAAUACCGGGGUGUUAGCUAUAACUGAUGAAGUAUCAGAAGAUCAGGAUAGUUACUGUUGGGGUGCUUGUGAUUAUAAGAAGGUUAAGACUUUACCCUUCCCUCAGAACAAAAUCCUGUCUGUCGUUCAUUCGUCAGACAUCAGAGAUCCUACUAUUACUAAGGUUUGGUUUCUCCCUGUUGUUGGUGAGCCGCUAUCUGCUCAUAGGUACUAUAUCAUCCGCGCCAAAGGCCAUCACAAAGGGAAAGCAUGUACAAGUUCAAAAAAGGCAGACAUAUGUUCAUGCUGCUGCUACACAGACUUUAUAAAUGACAUAAAACCAAGGCCAUUUGAUUAUAGAGACAUCUACCAACAGUUUGAGAUACGCCGCUACCAUGGUGGUGGCUUCUAUGCAAAGUCUGUCGCUUAUGACGGUGUUCCUCCAAGGUUCUUACGUAAGAAAGGGUGGGAGGUACGAGUUCAUCGUUCCAUUCGAGGAAAUAUACAAGACGCGUUAGGCCUUGAUGAGUCUGUCCAAGCAUCUCUUCCUCCACCUCCAUCUUAUCCUCUACCACCUCAGAAUCAACAUGCUGCUGUUGUUGUGGGACGAUGGUAUUGCCCUUUCUUGUUCCUCAGGGAAGAGGCAAAGUUGUGGCGACACAUGAAGAAGUCGAUGUUCUAUGAGAUCACCCUGGAGCAAUAUUGGGAAGAGAUUUACUCGCGAGCAAAUAAGGGGGAAGAAGAAGAUGAAACGAUUGUCAUAGACGCGUUGGUAAAAAGAGAAGAGGCAUUAUUGUAUGGUACUGAAGCCAUGAUAGAAGUGAAACCUGUACCAGGAUUUGUGUGUUUCACAGUGCCUAAUGAUUCAGGGAAUGGAAAUAAGGUGAGGUUGGGGAUGGGGUUAGCAGUAUUCGAGGCCAUGAGAGGAAUACAAGUCGAAAGAGGAUGGAUGGAAGAACAAGAACAUGAUGUGAGAGUGGAGAGAGUUGAAGAGAGUGGAAGGAGGAGAAGAGAGAAUAUGAAAUGGAAAAGAUUUGGGUGUUAUGUUUUGGUUGAGAGCUUCUUGGUUAGGAGGAUUGAUGGGAUUUUGAUUAUGAAGUACAACUUCAAGCAUACUCAUAAGAUCCAAUGUAAAUGGGAUUGACUGGUUUUCUCCUGUAAACAUGUGGUAAUUGUACAAAAUUUCCUUAUGUUAAUGUAGUUUUUGUAAUUUUGUGUAAGACAGUCUUGUCAAAUAAGUUAAGUUUAACCUCAUUUUCUAAACUUUAUUAAGAAGUGCAGUUAUAUAACACUAAAAUAACACUCGGUAUUUUUACAGGGAAAUGUUAUAAUAGUGAAAGAAGUUGGGUAGCUGUUAAUAAAGAAGUAGAAAAAUAACAA